AUGCCAUUAUACAAAUUAACGGAAAAACGAAUGAAGAAGAGAGCCAGGGAAGACGAAGAUGGUAUCACUGAUUUGAAAGCUGCCAUGAGGGAGAUGGGUGAGGAUGUAGAUGGUAGUGAAAGUGGGAGUGGGAGUGAAGGCUGGAGCGAGAGCGAUAGUGAUGAUGAUGAGGAAGAUGAAGAUGAAGAUGAGGACAAGAAUGAAGAUGAAGAUGAAGAACAGGAUGAGGACGAGGACAGUGAUGGCGACGAAGAUGGAGUUCUCGAUGUGGAUGUCGAAGGACUGGAAUCGGGAUCAGACGAAGAAGAUGAAGAUGUAGAUGAAGAGGACGAUGCAAGUUCAUCAUCAUCAUCAUCACCCAUAUUCCCAAUAUCACUCGAAUCAGCACUUACCGACCCUAUCUACCCCUCACCUCAUAAUACCUCGGAGAACCUAUGUGUACUAUGUCCAGAUAAGGUAUUGAAGAAUGAUCAGAUGACUAAAGUGCAUUUGGAGAGUAAACUACACAAACGAUCUCUCAAGCGAUACUCUGUUCAACUAAGUACCAACCCCCCUCCGAGGGAUGCCGACCCUCGAGAAGUAGUAGAUGAGAUACUAGCAGAGAUGGAUUCAGGUGAAAUAGACGUAGAGCCCAAAGCGGAUAAGAAGGGCAUGUCAACGGCGCAGAAAGAAUCAGGAGACAUGGAUGUGGAGAAGAAGGAUAAAAAGAGGAAACGAUCGAAUAAGAAACAACGUCAAGAGGAAAAAGCAAAGAAACUCAUAUCUUCAAAUUCAAAAGAUACGAAUCAGCAGGAAGAAGGACAAGAAGCAGGGGAGAAGCUGAAUAGGAAAGCUAGGAGAUUAUUGGCUUUGCAAAAUGGUGAGAUUGAUACGAAGAAGGAAACGAAGGAGAAGCAGAAACAGAAGUGA